GAUUUUUAAUAAUAGGCAUUAGGCAUACUGAUCUGUGUUCACCAGAUAUAUAAAUUUAAUUCAUUAAACAUAUUUUUAAAUACAUUUAUUAUAACAAAAUGAAUAGCAUUCGGAAUCUGCGAAAAAUUCCACUUCGACAGUGGCGAUCAAUCUCACAAUGUGCAACUUUACAACAAGGGGUCACAGAAGCGGUCACACCCCUAACAAUUCCACCUCCAGAAGGAGUUGACAAACCAGUAUCAGCAAAACUUGAGAAAAUUGUAUCAGACAUCACAAACCUUAGCUUGCUUGAAGUGUCUGAACUCAGUCAGGUAUUGAAAAGACGGUUAAAUCUACCAGAUGCUCCAGUAAUGCCAAUGGGUGGCUUUGCCAUGGCUCCACCAGCAGAAGAAGAAGAGGCUGCACCCAAAGCUGUAAAAACUAAUUUCACCGUAAAAUUGACUAAAUUUGAUGACAAGCAGAAGGUUGCUCUUAUUAAGGAAGUCAAAAGUCUUCUUGAAGGUUUUAACUUGGUACAGGCUAAAAAGUUUGUUGAAAGUGCCCCAACAAUAGUAAAGGCUGAUAUUUCUAAAGAUGAAGCUGAAAAACUUAAAGAGGCAUUAACCAAAGUUGGUGCAGAAAUAGAGAUAGAUUAGAAUACUGUAUUAUAUAUUAUUUUAGGAGUUAGUUAAUAAAAUAUAGAAUUAUA